UCUGACCCGUAUCGUUACGGACUCGGCCAGGGAACUUAGAUCCGGUCCUCCGCCGCGACCGCUCCUCCUCCGUUCACCCACUUCCCUACCCUCCCGUCGGCUGCCUCGCGGUUUCCCGACCCCCGGGGACCCCGUAUUCCGAUUUCCUCGCGUCCCGCCGCCGCCUUCCGAAGUCCCCGCUCCGUGGUCGGAUUACUGCCGCCCCUCCCCUCUCUUCCCUCUCCUUCUUCCUCUCUCUCGCUCUCGUGCUGUCCUCCCGAUUUCUAGGGUUUGUGGUGGAGUUUCUCCGUUGCCGGAGAUUGAUGAGAGUCCGGCGAAGGAUCGGCGGCCAUCGAUGACGACCGGAGCGCCGGGGCGAGUUCGAUGCGGGCGGCGCUUGCGAGGGGCUCUCACAUGGAAUGGCAGAUCCUUCUGACUACGGGGGUGUCGAUCGGGACAUCGACAAGGUACGUGUUGCUCUAAAGAAGGGUACUCUGUUGCUUAAAUAUGGUCGUAAAGGGAAGCCAAAGUUUUACCCAUUCAGACUAUCCAAUGAUGAAACUUCUUUGAUUUGGAUUUCAAGUAGUGGAGAAAAAAGUUUGAAGUUGGCUUCUGUUUCAAGAAUUAUCUCAGGACAAAGAACUUCUGUUUUUCAACGAUACCCGUGUCCUGACAAAGACUACCAGUCCUUCUCACUUAUAUACAACAAUGAAAAACGGUCUCUUGAUCUGAUAUGCAAAGAUAAAGUUGAGGCAGAGCUGUGGUUUGCAGGCCUCAAGGCAUUGAUUUCCUCGGGCCAAUAUGGGCGUUCAAAGAUAGAUGGACGGAGUGAUGGAGGAUUUUCUUUUGAUGAUGGUAGAGACUUGAUAUCUAACUAUUUAGAUUACAAGUGUACCGAUACCAUACUAGAUAGUCCUCAGAGCAAGAUAAAUACCAUUAGUUUACCCAAAGACCAUUCCUUUGAAAAUUUGGUAUAUUCAGAAAGAUCACAUCCGACAAGUAUGCAAGUAAAAGGAGCUUCUUCGGAUAUUAGAGUCAGUGUAUCUAGUGCCCCUAGCACAUCUAGUCAUGGCUCUGCACAGGAUGACGGUGAUGCUUUUGGGGAUGUAUAUGUGUGGGGCGAAGUCAUAUGUGACAGUUCUGGCAGGGUUGGCACUGAUAGAGGUAUUAUCCCUUCCAGUGCAAGAACUGACAUCCUCCUGCCGAAGCCUUUAGAGUCCAAUGUAAUGCUGGACAUUCACCAUGUGGCCUGUGGUGUCAGGCAUGCCGCCCUUGUUACAAGGCAGGGAGAAGUAUUUACAUGGGGUGAAGAAUCUGGUGGACGCCUUGGCCAUGGAGUUCGGACCGACAUUGUUCACCCUCGGCUUGUCGAAUCUUUAUCAGCCUGUAAUAUAGACUUUGUUGCCUGUGGGGAGUUCCAUACUUGUGCACUUACUAUGGCCGGCGAACUUUUUACUUGGGGAGAUGGCACCCAUAAUGCAGGACUUCUUGGUCAUGGCACUGAUGCCUGUCACUGGAUACCUAAAAGAAUUUCAGGACCUUUGGAGGGGCUUCAGGUCUCUUUUGUUUCUUGCGGCACGUGGCAUACGGCCUUGAUUACAACAGCUGGACAGUUAUUUACAUUUGGUGAUGGUACCUUUGGUGUCUUGGGGCAUGGAAACCGAGAAACUGUUUUAUAUCCAAAGGAAGUAGAAUCUUUGAUGGGGUUGAGAACAAUUGCUGUUUCAUGUGGUGUAUGGCAUACUGCUGCAGUGGUAGACGUUAUUGUGACACAGUCCAGCACAUCGUCUGGAAAAUUAUUCACUUGGGGUGAUGGAGACAAGUAUCGCCUAGGCCAUGGUGAUAAGGAGCCACGACUUGAGCCCACUUGCGUAGCCUCUCUAAUUGAUUACAAUUUUCAUAAGUUAGCCUGUGGUCAUAGUCUUACAAUUGGCUUGACCACCUCUGGACAUGUUUUCACCAUGGGAAGUACUGUUUAUGGUCAGCUCGGCAAUCCCCAGUCUGAUGGAAAGUUUCCAUGCUUAGUUGAAGACAAGCUAGUUGGUGAAUCUGUUGGAGAGGUUGCUUGUGGUUCGUAUCAUGUUGCGGUCUUGACAGCCACAGGUGAAGUUUACACAUGGGGUAAGGGAGCUAAUGGAAGAUUGGGACAUGGUGACCUUGAGGAUCGUAAAACACCUACACUUGUUGAAGCUUUAAAGGACAGAGCAGUCAAGCAUAUUGCUUGUGGAUCAAGCUUCACAGCUGCCAUAUGUCACCAUAAAUGGGUGUCAGGUGCAGAGCAGUCUCAGUGUUCAGCAUGUAGACAGGCUUUUGGAUUUACUCGAAAGAGGCACAAUUGUUACAACUGUGGACUUGUACACUGUCAUUCAUGCAGCUCUAGAAAGGCUUUGAGAGCGGCAUUAGCUCCAAAUCCUGGGAAACCUUAUCGUGUAUGUGAUUCCUGUUAUGUGAAACUGAAUAAAGUUUUGGAGUCUGGGGGAAUUAAUAAUAAGAAAAAUGUUAUACCCCGCCCCUCAGGUGAAAGCAAAGAUAGGCUUGAUAAGGUGGAUACAAAAUUGUCCAAAUCUGCUUUAUCUAGCAAUGUGGAUUUGAUCAAGAAUUUGGACACAAAGGCUGCCAAACAAGGGAAGAAAUCUGACUCCUUGUCUUUGAUUCGCAACUCUCGAGUUCCUUCAAAUUUGCAGCUGAAAGGUAUUGCUUUUACUGCUGAAGUUGAUGAGCAACAAGCAGUUCCCAGACCAGUCCACACAUCAGUCCAGUCCGAAAAUCAUUCCAGAUCUGUUUCACCUUUCUCAAGAAAACCUAGUCCUCCACGCUCUGCAACACCUAUUCCCACGAUGUCAGGUCUUUCAUUCUCCAAAAGAGAGGCUGACAAUCUGAAGAAAACAAAUGAGCACCUGAAUCAAGAAGUUCAGAAAUUACGUGCCCAGGUUCAUAGUCUAAUGCAACGGUGUGAAGUUCAAGAAUUUGAGUUGCAGACAUCGGCAAAGAAAGCUCAAGAAGCCAUGAAAUUAGCUGCAGAGGAAUCUGCAAAGUCUAAAGCAGCAAAAGAGGUUAUAAAAUCCUUGACUGCACAGCUAAAAGAAAUGGCAGAAAGGCUUCCACAUGAGGUCCAUGAGAGCAAUGCCUUAAGAUCAAUCCACUUGCCAAAUGGCAUUGACCCAUCUGCUAUUCAGCACUCUGAUCUGCAUGAAGAGCACCUGUUGAGAAAUAAUGAUAGCAACGAUCCAUAUGUGCAUCCAACCACAACUAUUUAUUCAGGUCAUAAAAAUGGAUCCUCCGGCGAAAGUGAUGCAGCAAAAGACAUUUGUGAAGCUCAUGAGAUGAGAAUGCAUUUUCAGAAUCAUCGGGUUCCAAACCCCAAUGAAGAUGAAAUAUUGAAAACACAAGACCACAGCAAUGGAGAAAUGCCAUCAACUAACAGUAGAAUAAAGGAUUCUGACAGCAAGGAAUCCAAACCCCUGGAAAACAACAACAGUUUAAAGCCUGGAAGCCCCACUUCAGCUAGUAAUCAGGUUGAGGCUGAAUGGAUAGAACAAUAUGAACCUGGUGUAUAUAUAACUCUCAUUACCCUUCAUGAUGGAACUAUAGAUUUGAAGAGGGUGCGAUUCAGUCGGAGAAGGUUUGGUGAAAAGCAAGCCGAAACAUGGUGGUCAGAAAACCGUGAGAGGGUGUAUGAGAAAUAUAACAUUCGUGGGUCAGAUAGGGCCUCAUCAGCAGUGCCCACUCAAUCUGCAUCCUGAAGAGAGAGGCAUUUCAAUCCUAAAGUAGUAGCAACAGCCUAAUCUUUGAAAGAGGAACUAGGUGCCAUGGCACAUCGGAGUACAAUUUUUCGUUUUUUCCUGGGGGAAGUGGGGCGGGGCAAGAAUACAGGACUUUACGUGGUACAUGGUUCCUUCAAUUAUGUUAUUUGUUGAUUAAUCUACCAUGCUCUGUGUCUUCCCUUGCCUGUUGUAUUGGUGUAUAUAAAAUUGUAAAAAAAAUCAGAUAGCAUGGGCAAGAGAGGUUUUCUCCUCUGCCUAUUGUACAACUCAUCUUCUUCUUCUUGUGAUUGAAGAUGAAUGACUUCUCUUUUCAACCUCAUUUUAGCAUAUGUUUGUGAACGGAAUAUUGAAUGGUGCUUAUUGAAAGUAUAAUGCAAAAAUUCACAGCUCAAGGAUUAUAA